AUGCUGGCCGCCUCCGUCGUCCGCCGGACCCUACUGCUCUGCUGGCUCGCUGCGCCCCGGCCAGCCCGGCCCGAGCCACUCUUCCACAGCCGGGACCGCUCGGACCUGGAGCCCGCCCCGCUGCGCCGGGCCCAGCCCAUCGCGGACCUUCUCGCUGCGCAGCGAUUCCUGUCCAAGUACGGCUGGGCCGACGCGCCUUCCGGGCCCCGAAGUCCCAGCCCCGACGCGCCGCCCGCGGGCCCCCGGGCCACCGCCCUGGCCGAGGCCGUGCGCAGGUUCCAGAAGGUCAACGCGCUGCCAUUCACCAAGAGGACGCUGACCUGGCGGCUGCUGGGGGAGGGCGCCAGCGGGCAGCUGGCCGUGGACGAGCAGAGGCACAUCCUCAGACUGGCCUUCCGGAUGUGGAGCGAGGUGACGCCGCUGGACUUCCGGGAGGACCUCGCCGCGCCCGGAGCCGCCGUGGACAUAAAGCUGGGUUUCGGACGAGGCCGGCACCUGGGCUGUCCUCGGGUUUUUGAUGGCAGCGGGCAGGAGUUCGCACAUGCCUGGCGUCUGGGUGACAUCCACUUUGACGAUGACGAACACUUCACGCCUCCCACCAGUGACGCGGGCAUCAGCCUUCUCAAAGUGGCCGUCCAUGAAAUUGGCCACGUCCUCGGCCUGCCUCACACCUACAGGACAGGAUCCAUAAUGCAGCCGAAUUACAUCCCCCAGGAGCCCAUGUUUGAGUUGGACUGGUCAGACAGAAAAGCAAUUCAAAAGCUGUACGGUUCCUGUGAAGGAUCCUUUGAUACUGCAUUUGACUGGAUUCGCAAAGAGCGAAACCAGCAUGGAGCCGUGACGAGGAGAUUCAGCACUUACUUCUUCCGCCACAGCUGGUACUGGCUCUACGAAAAUCGGAACAACCGGACGCGCUAUGGGGACCCUCUCCAAAUCCUCAGUGGCUGGCACGGCAUCCCCACCCAAAACAUCGAUGCUUUUGUCCACCUCUGGACAUGGAGGAGAGACGAACGUUACUUUUUUAAAGGAAAUCAGUACUGGAGAUAUGACAGUGAGAAGGAUCAGGCCCACACAGAAGAUGAACAAGGAAGAAGCUACCCCAAAUUGAUUUCAGAAGGAUUUCCUGGUGUGCCAAGUCCCCUGGACACUGCCUUUUAUGACCGAAGGAAGCAGUUAAUUUACUUCUUCAAAGAGUCCCUCGUGUUUGCAUUUGAUAUCAACAGAAAUCGAGUACUUGAUUCUUAUCCGAUGAAGAUCACUGAAGUGUUCCCGGGAAUAGAGCCACAGAACCAUCCCUUCAGGAAUAUAGACUCAGCCUAUUACUCCUACGCAUACAACUCCAUUUUCUUUUUCAAAGGCAACGCGUAUUGGAAAGUAGUUAACGACAAGGACAAACAACAGCAUCCUUGGCUUCCUUCAAAUGGCUUAUUUCCGAAGCAAUCAAUCUCAGAGAGGUGGUUUGACAUCUGUGACGUCCAUACCUCCACCCUGAACAUGUAA